ACACACUAAGAAAUCAUGACAACACUUAAUACUCGAUAUGCUGUAUUUCGUGCUUAUAAACAAUUACUGAGAAUUCAAAAAGAAACGUUCAAAGGUGAUACAUUUGCAAUAAGAGAGGCAAAACGUGAAACAUAUGAAAAAUUUCUAAAUAACAAAGAUGAAAUUGACAUAAACAAAAUACAGGAGUAUAUAAAUCAAGCUAAUGAAGUAGCAUCAAUUUUACAAAAAAAUAUUGCUCAAGUUAUAAUAGAAAAAGAUCCUUUAGAAUACAGAUUCAAAAUACAAUUACAUAAAAAUCAUGAAUUGGGUGAUAAUGAAUCAAUAAAAAAACUAGAAAAAUAAAAAAUAAUUGAACUAAUUUUAAUUUUAAACUAUAAAUUUUUUUAGUAUUAAUAUCUCUUCAAAA